AUGUCUGCGAAAUCAGUACAAGGGCCUGGCGGCAAGAAGCCCGCGUCGGCGGCCACAAACUUGAUCGCCGGUGGUGGUGCUGGAAUGAUGGAGGCACUCGCGUGUCAUCCUCUCGAUACGAUCAAAGUCCGCAUGCAAUUGUCAAGACGAGCUCGCGCUCCAGGAGCAAAAAAGCGCGGGUUCAUUACGACCGGAACCGAGAUCGUGAAGAGAGAGACAGCAUUAGGCCUAUAUAAGGGAUUAGGCGCCGUUCUCACAGGCAUCGUCCCGAAGAUGGCCAUACGCUUCACGAGUUAUGAGUGGUAUAAGCAGAUGUUAGCGGACAAAGAGGGCAAUGUCGCGUCAAAAUCUACAUUUAUGGCUGGCCUUGCCGCUGGUGUCACGGAGGCCGUUCUCGUCGUCACACCUAUGGAGGUCGUCAAGAUCCGUCUUCAAGCGCAGCACCACUCGAUGGCCGAUCCGCUCGAUAUACCCAAGUACCGAAACGCCGCGCAUGCCAUGUAUACUGUCAUCAAGGAAGAAGGUGCAGGCGCAUUAUGGCGUGGUGUCUCGCUCACAGCCUUGCGCCAGGGAACAAACCAAGCGGCAAACUUCACUGCAUAUUCGGAACUCAGGGCACAAUUACAGAAGUACCAUGGCACAACAGAUCUGCCGGGCUAUGAGACGAGUUUGAUCGGUCUGAUUAGUGGUGCUGUUGGUCCGUUUACGAACGCGCCGAUCGACACCAUCAAGACGAGGUUGCAGAAGACGCCUGCGGAGGCAGGUCAAACUGCUAUUCAGAGGAUAGUAAACAUCGGAAACGACAUGUGGAAGCAAGAAGGUAUCCGCAGUUUCUACAAGGGUAUCACACCGCGUGUGAUGCGAGUAGCCCCCGGUCAAGCUGUCACAUUUACCGUGUACGAAUAUCUGAAGGGUGUGUUGGAGAAAGGCAGAGAGAUGCUCCCUGGUGGGGCAUAUGAGGAGUGA